ACGCUUGAUAAAACAACAACAAAAAAAGUGGCACUUGUGAAUGAAAGCAAACUCAUUACAGUUAAUAUACUAGAUGUCAAUGAUAAUCCUGACGUGAAUGAUAAUCCUGUCGUUGGUGAGGAUAACCAAAAGCCACCUAAUACUGACUGGCGAUUUCCCCCAAACCAGAGGCCUGGACCCAGCGGGGCUGGAGCACGUCCUGAAGAGGCAGGUGCCGGUGCUGGUGUGAUAGCAGGAACAGGACCAUGGCCCAACCCCCCUACUGAGGCUGAACAGCUCCAGGCUAUGAUGGCAGCAGCAAACGCAAGUGAAGCCACUGCGACUCUUGGCCCUCGCUACAAUCUACAGUAUGGCCCGGAUUACCGUCAGAACGUCUACAUCCCAGGCAGCACUGCCACCCUUACAGCCAACCCUCAGCAACAGGUUCUCCAGCAGGCCCUUCCUCCACCACAGGCCCUUCCACCUACCGAAGUCCCCAAAGCGGCUCAAACACCAGCCAGUAAGAAGAAACCCACAAAGAAAGACAAGAAGUAA